AAAACUUAGAUUUUAUCGGUAACGAGAGCUGCAGAAACUAGAAUAUUGUUUUCUUUUGCACGUCAAGGAAUCACAUCUUAUGUGUUAAAGCGGGCAAGGCACUUUCUUUCGCCUCCGUCUUCCAAGAAAUCUCAAGAAUCGUCACCUCGUAAAGCAAAAAACUUCGCUUCUUGUAAAUAUAUACCUCAUCACCUCCUUCUGCACGCAGGCUGUGAGCAACACCACUUUUAGGCAUUGAGAGAGCGAGCGAGCGAGAGAACUGGCCUUGAGGAAUGGAUCUGAAACUUAUGCGGAGAUUCUUACCCUAUGCUUUGAUCGCCGUCAUAACCAUCGCCUCAUCGCUCUGGUUUCGUCGAUCGAGAAGGUCUAGAGGAAAUGCUGAGGGAUCCAUUAAUUCUGAAGAAGGCGAAGCAGAGGCUUCUCCACCUCCGUCAUCACCCCCUCCUUUGGUAAGAGAAGACAUUGGAUUCAAGUAUGAUGUGUUUCUGAGUUUUAGAGGACCAGACACUCGCAAGGGCUUCACCGACCACCUCCAUGCUUUUUUAAAACUUAAGGGCAUCACCGCUUUCAUCGACAGCGAUAACUUGGAGAAGGGGCAGAAGGUGGAGCAUCUGUUUGACUGCAUCCAGAAAUCCAAAAUCUUUGUGCCCAUUUUCUCCAAAGGCUAUGCUGAUUCAAAGUGGUGUUUACAAGAAAUAACAAAGAUCGUGGAGUGUAAAAGGCUCAUCAUACCUGUGUUCUUUGAUGUGAAUCCCACGGACGUUCGCCAUCAAACUGGCCCUUUUGCGUCUGCAUUUACAAGGCACCAUGAAAAUAGGAAAACAGACAAGGAAGAGGUGAGCCAAUGGAGUGAUGCUUUGAGAAAAGCAGGGGAACUCUCAGGUUAUACAUUAGCCGACACUGAAGGAAAAGAGGCAAAGCUCAUUCGGCUCAUUGUGAAGAGGAUUCUCAAUGAAGUGAACAAGACUUCUCUCCUUGUAGCUAAACAUCCAGUAGGACUCGAUUCACGCAUUGCAGAUGUGGAGGAAAUGUUAGAUGUAGAUGAUAAUAAUGUGAGAAUGGUUGGGAUCCAUGGAAUGGGUGGCAUCGGCAAGACAACACUUGCAAAGGCAGUCUACAACCAAAUCUACACUCGUUUUGAUGCUUCUAGUUUCAUUUCAAACGUUAGAGAAGCAGCAAAACAAUCCACUGGCCUUGUUUCCCUCCAAGAAAAUCUACUUCGUGAUUUGUGCGGUGAUGAAAAUGUUGAAGUAAGCAGCAUUGACCAAGGAAUUGAAAUACUUAGAAAACGAAUUGGCAGUUUGAAGGUUUUGCUGGUUGUUGAUGACAUUGAUAAUGAAUCGCAACUCGAUGCGCUAGCCGUCAACCUAGAUUGGUUUUGUUCAGGGUCAAGAAUCAUCGUUACUACCAGAGAUAAGCAUGCACUGGGGGCACAAAGCGUGAAGCUGUAUGAACCUAAGGAGCUAGAUGGUGCCCAAUCACUUGAGCUUUUCAGUUGGCAUGCAUUUGGGAAAAAGGAUCCUGAACCCAUAUUUGCGGAGUUAUCCGAGGAAGUUGCAUCUGCUGGUGCUGGGCUGCCAUUAGCCCUGACGAUAUUUGGAUCGCUUUUCUUUGAUCUGGAAACCGGUGAAGAAUGGAGAGAAAAACUUCAAAAGUUAGAGGAAGAUCAGAACAAAGAUAUUCAUGUAAGAUUGAAGAUAAGUUUUGAUGCGCUUGAUGAAAAGGAAAAGAAAGUAUUUUUAGACAUAGCUUGCUUUUUUCUUGAAGAAGAAAACAUAGAGUUCCCUUUGCUCAUGUGGGAAGAUUGUAAGUUCUUUCCAAAGACAACAAUCAAAGUCCUAAGGCACAAGUGUCUCAUCAAUAUAAAUGAUGACACUGGAGAGUUUGAUAUGCAUGACCUUAUACGGGACAUGGGAAGAAAAAUCGUCCAAGAUAGCAGGAGCAGAUUGUGGAAGGAUGAUGAGACACUGGAAGUAUUGAAAACCAAGAAGGGAAAGGAAAAAAUUGAAGCAGUUCAGCUCUACUCGGGUACAUAUUGGGCACCUACGUAUGUUGAAGCAGAGCCUUUUGUCGCAAUGUCUGAACUUAGAAUGCUCCGGUUGGGGAAAAAUGUACAGUUGAAAGGUGAAUUUGAGCAUUUUCCUAAGAAGCUCAGAUGGUUGCAAUGGUGUAUCAAAGAAGACUUGGAUUCAUUGCCUGGUGGCCUUCAUCUUGAGAAUAUUGUUGUUCUUGACUUAUCAGGCAGCCUGAUAACUCAACUUUGGAAUCCACAAGGAUUGGAAUCGACCAAGGUCUUUGGGAAAAUGAAAGUCUUAAGUCUCGCCGGCUGUGAGAACCUCACCGGCUGUCCAGAUUUUGAGAGAAUGCCGCAUCUAAAGAAAUUGGAUCUCAGUUGUUGCGAACAGAUGAGUGAACUUGAUCCAUCUAUUGGGCAUCUCAAGAGCUUGACUCACUUCUCUUUGUUGGGAUGUGGGUCACUAAAGACAUUACCUCGAGAGAUUUGGCAAUUGACCUCACUCGAAGAGCUUGACCUAAGUUCUUGCACAGAAAUUACAACUUUGCCAUCACAAAUGGAGGAUCCGAAGUCAUUGGAGCGGGUGUUGCUCGGCAAACUAAAAGUCUUAAGUUUCAGUUACUGUUCUAACCUCACCAUCUGUCUAGAUUUUACGAGCGUGCCACAUCUGGAGAUAUUGGAUUUUAGAAGUUGCACUAAGAUGAGUGAACUUGAUCCAUCUAUUGGGCUUCUUGAGAGCUUGACUCACUUGAAUUUGUCCGGCUGCGAAUCGCUAAAGACAUUACCUCGAGAAAUUUGGCAAUUGACCUCACUCGAAGAGCUUGACCUAAGCUAUUGCACUGAAAUUACAACUUUGCCAUCACAAAUGGAGGAUCCGAAGUCAUUGAAGCCGGCGUUGCUUGGCAAGUUAAGAGUCCUAAAUUUCGAGGGCUGUUCUAACCUCGCCAUCUCUCCAGAUUUUACGAGCAUGCCAUAUCUAGAGAAAUUGAAUUUGGAUAAAUGCCAGAAGAUGAGUGAACUUGAUCCAUCUAUUGGGCUUCUUGGGAGCUUGCCUCGCUUGUCUUUGAGGCAUUGUAGGUCGCUAAAGACAUUACCACAAGAGAUUUGGCAAUUGACCUCACUCGAAGAGCUUGACCUAAGUUGUUGUACUGAAAUUACAGCUUUGCCAUCACAAAUGGAGGAUCCGAAGUCAUUGGAGCCGGUGUUGCUUGGCAAACUAAGAGUCUUAAACUUCGAGAGCUGUCAUAACCUCACCGUCUGUCCAGAUUUUACGAGCACGCCGCAUCUACAGAAAUUGAAUUUUUCUUUUUGCGGGAAGUUGAGUGAACUUCAUCCAUCUAUUGGGAUUCUCAAGAGCUUGAUUGACUUGAAUUUGUGUUACUGCAAAUCGCUAAAAGAACUGCCUCUAGAAAGUUGGCAGUUGACCUCGCUUGAAAAGCUUGACCUCGGUGGUUGUGCUAAAAUUACUACUCUGCCGUCACAACUGGGAAAUUCUAAGUCAUUGGCUCGCUUGUCUUUGAGGGACUGCAAAUCAUUGAUGGAACUGCCUGAAUCAGUCUCUCAGUUGACAUCACUCAAAGCGCUUGACCUCUCCGGUUGCAAACAAUUGGAAAUCAUCCCGGACGUCUCAAGGCUAAAGGGAUUGCGGGAGUUGCGUCUAAGCGGCUGCAAAAGGCUUGUGAAUGUUCCCGACAUUCAGGAUAACAGGGAAAAAGACGCAGGGCGAACUUGGCAAACACGCAUUAGCGAGGAUAAACGAGCCGGCCUCGAGUCGAGCUCGAAGGCAAUCGCUCGAGUGGAGCUCGAGCUGAAGUUGUGAAGCUCGUCUGAGUUCGAGUCAAGCUCGAGCUCACUAAACACCAGUCGAGUUGAGCUCGAGCCAGCCGAGCUCGACUCGGCUCGUGUGCAGCCCUAAGUCCAUCGACUCGGCUCGUGUGCAGCCGAGUUCGACUCGGCUCGUGUGCAGCCCUAAGUCCAUCGACGGCUGCUUUACUUGAAGAGUAGACAGCGAAGUGACCCCUUCGCCACCACCGACCCCGCCGCCGCCAGCUUUAGUACCAUUGGGCAACCGGUUCGGCCAUUCUGUUUCUUUGUGAAGGUGAGAGUGCCGGCGAUGGGCUUUAUGUUUGAGCAGAAGCUUUUUGGAAAGAGGGAGAGGAUGCUAGGACGAGAGCAAGUUCCGUCUAUUUGGAGUUGAUUUAGUCCGCAUCAGCUCCCGAAUCGAUUGCCUGACUUGAAGAAACGUCAGCUUGUUCUGCGUUCUUCUUUAAUGAGUCAUUCAAGAUAAUGCUGGUGCUUCCAGCAGACUAUCUAUCACUGCCCACACAAGCAAACUAGUUAUUAGUACAAUGGGGAUCUGCCAUAGUGUGAAAAAUAGAGUUGCUAGAAACUAGUCUACCUGCAGAACCCAUAUCCUAUAGCACUGUUUCUGAAACUUAAAACCAAAUCCGAUCAAUAUUUACUUAAAUCUGAAAUGCGAAUCCGAAUCUCAUUUGAUGUCAUUUCUUGUAUCCAAAUCUGAUCUGAGUUUUUAAUCGGAUGUCAAAUUUUUUUUCAUCCUAUAUUUUUUAUACGGUUCAGUCGGCCCACUCGGA